AUGACAACGAGACGGCGCUGCACUGCGCGGCGCAGUACGGCCACUCGGAGGUGGUUCGCCUCCUCCUGGAGGAGCUGACGGACCCCACCAUGCGCAACAACAAGUUCGAGACGCCGCUGGACCUGGCUGCCCUCUACGGGCGGCUGGAGGUGGUGCGGCUGCUGCUGAGCGCGCACCCCAACCUGCUGAGCUGCAACACGCGCAAGCACACGCCCCUGCACAUGGCCUCGCGCAACGGACACCUCAGCACCGUGGAGGUCCUGCUGGACGCCGGCAUGGACAUCAACUACCAGACUGACAAGGGCAGUGCCCUGCACGAAGCGGCCCUCUACGGGAAGACGGACGUGGUGCAUAAGCUACUCAGUGCAGGUAUCGAUGUGACCAUCGUGGACUCCAAGGGUCUGACAGCGCUGGACACUGUCAGAGAAAUGCCCUCCCAGAAGAGCCGGCACAUAGCCGCACUCAUUCAGAGUCACAUGACAGGAAACCCACCAGACAUGGCCCUGCCCCCACCCCCACCCCCACCCCCCCAGGAGAACCUCAGCCCCAGGAGGAAAGGUGAGGUGGAUCAGCAGGUGGAUGAUUUUAUCUCUGGUCUGGGUCGCGACCCCGAGGAGGAGAGUCCCUACGAGGCGCUGUUCGAGGCCACCUCAUGCCACUCCCUAGACAGCAUGGCCAGCGGCAAGUCCUCUGACAGAGACUCCGGACGGCCCGACAGUGAAGCUGGCAAGAAAGAUCGGUUACCUCCUCCAUCGCAGCCUGGGCCCGGCCACGAGGAAGAGGGCAGCUCAGAGGCGGUGUACACCAACAGCAGUAUAGACGAGAGGGCGGAGAUGGCGGACGAGGAGGACCACACCUAUGAGCUGCUGCUGUCCGCCGAGACCAAGGUCCCCUACCAGGAGCCACACGAGCCGUCCUCACAAGCCGAAGAGGAAUCCAAAUCCAAGUCUUCCCACAGUCAUCUACCUCAGCAGCGGAAACCGUCUGCACCCACUGACCUCCGUCCCCCCGCCCCCACCAGCGACACGCUGCACCCCCCUCUACCUGCCGUGGGGCCUGGCCGACCCAGAGGAGCUUCAGAGAACUCGCAGGUUGGUCAAGGCCCAGACCCAAACAGCGCCACAGGCACCGGCAGCAGCAGCAGCAGUACUAGCGUUCCGGAGGUGUUCACGGGCCUCCUGCACGGCUCCUCGCCCGUCUUCGAGAGCCGCGAUCUCCCCGUUCCGGUUCCGGAACCUUCAGGAAAAUUGGAAGCUGGAAUACCGUCAGCAGCGGCCGCUCCAGUCCCAGUCCCAGCCCCAGUUGCAGCAGCAGUAGCCUGCCCUUCGUCUUCCUCCGCCUCCUCCUCUUCCUCUCGGCCCAGAGACAAGGACCAAGCCUCUAAUUCCAACUCCAUAGCCGCCUCGUCAGCAGCAGCAGCCUCCGUCGCCAGGGAUACGGAGCAGGACGUUCCGAACCACCCGCCCCCUCCCCCGGCCGCCGCCGCCGCUGCCGCCGCCGCAGCCAUGUCGGCCAUUUUGUCCGACUGCGACCCCAAAGCCAUCUACGCCACUGUGAACAAGGAGCCCCAUAACAGGGACCCACACCACCACCACCAGCACCACCCCCACCACCACCACCACUCCCACCCCCACCCCCACUCCCAGGCCUCUCCUUCGGCCUCCGUGCCCACCCCCUCGCCCCGGAUGAGGCCGCCGGGUGAUCUGAAGCUGGCCCGCAGCCUGUCUAAGUCGGACUCAGACCUGCUGGUGUCGCCCCCUAGUGAGGAGGAGGGAGGCCUACUGGGGAACCGCAGCGAGUCCGUGUCCAACUGCAGCACCAGCAAGAGGCGUCUGGAGAAGUCACCCUCCUUCACCUCCGAAUGGGACGAGCAGAGACAGUGGCGUUCCAGAGUAAAGCCCAGGAGACCUCUGUCCCAUCACAGUAUCGAGAAGAUCAUGACACUGAUCGGCGCUGGCAUCGACUUCUCCAGAGACCACCAGCAGUACAGCGCCUCAGCAGGUGGCGCCGGCGGGAGCAGGCUGCUGGACCAGCCCGUGGGCGACUGGCUGGAGCACGUGGGCCUGCCGCAGUACGAGAGCAAGCUGCUGCUCAACGGCUUCGAUGACCUCCACUACAUGGGUAGCAAUGUGAUGGAGGAGCAGGACCUGAGGGAGAUCGGCAUCUCAGACCCGGGACACCGGAGGAAGCUGCUACACGCAGCGCGCUCGCUACCCAAGGUGAAGCCUCUUGGUUGUGAUGGCAGUACGUCCCUGUCCUCCUGGUUGGACAUGCUGGGUCUUCAGGAGUACCUGCACAACUUCCUCUCCAGCGGAUACCGCACCCUCGACUGCGUCAAGAACCUCUGGGAGCUGGAGAUUGUCAACGUGCUGAAGAUCACUCUGCUGGGCCACAGGAAACGCAUCAUCGCGUCUCUAGCAGAGAGACCCUACGAGGAGCCGCCCGUCAAGCCCCCACGCCUAUCGCAGAUACGGUGUCAAGACCUCGUGUCCCAGACCUCGUCCCCUCUGAGCCACAUGGACUCGUAUACGGGGCGCUCCAUGGACCCUCUGUUGCCCCUGGGGGAGUCUGGGAGGAGGCGGGCGGGAGCAGAACCAGACUACGACAUCGUACAGCGGCCGCGCAGCGAGAGGCUCUACUCACACGAGCGGUAUGAGGAGCGUCCCCGAGAGCCUCGUCUGACUCUGCGCCCCCCCAGCCUGGCGGCCCCCUACGCCCCCGUACAGAGCUGGCACCACCAGCCCGAGAAACUCAUCUUCGAAUCCUGCGGAUACGAGGCCAAUUACCUGGGCUCCAUGCUGAUCAAAGAGCUGAGAGGAACAGAGUCCACGCAGGACGCCUGUGCCAAGAUGAGGAGGUCAACAGAGCAGCUGAGGAAGAUCCCCACCAUCGUGCUCUCCAUCACCUACAAAGGGGUCAAGUUCAUCGACGCUGCCAACAAGAACAUCAUUGCGGAGCAUGAGAUCCGGAACAUCUCGUGUGCGGCACAGGACCCUGAGGACCUGUGUACCUUCGCCUACAUCACCAAGGACCUGCAGACCAGCCACCACUACUGCCACGUCUUCAGCACUGUAGAUGUGAAUCUGACCUAUGAGAUCAUCCUGACACUGGGACAGGCGUUCGAAGUGGCCUAUCAGCUGGCUCUGCAGGCCCAGAGGACCAAGAAGCAGCAGGGCAUGCCUGUGGGGGCGGGACUAGGGCCGGACAUCAGCGAAUCGGCAAAGAGCAGCCGGCAGCAGCAGCAGCCAACCAAAACACGCAGCAGCCUGAGAACGUCUGGUGGGGACUCCUCUCCUGUGCUGGACAGCCGCUGCUGUGUCUGUCACACCUGCACCACCCACAGACCCUCCUUCCUCCCUCUGCACCCCACCAGCCCCACAAGCCCACCUCUACAGGUGGACCCUAUGGAGCUGGAGGGAGACUCCCAGUCGCAGGGCAGCGCCACAUGGCUAGUGGACGCCAAGGACUCCAAGCGCACCAUCAGUACUAACUGAAGCAGUGUGGUGUGGUGUGGUUUUGGGAGAGGUGAGCGGUUAGGGUUUUUGGUUGGUUGGUGGGCGGUCGUGUCAGGGUAGGGGUUUUGGUUUCGACGGAGGCAGUGGGGAAACCAAACUACCUCUGACCGCAACCACCAUAAACCUCUUAACCCUCACCGACUGUCUGCCUCACAGUAAACGCCAUUUGACUACAAACACUGACACAAGUGGAGAUCCAUCCAUCCAACCAUCCAUCCAUCCAUCCUUCCAUGUGUCCAACCAACCAGCCAGUCAGCCAAUCAUCUCCCUCUUCAAAACCCCAGUUACUUUCUGUCAUUGCGUCCAACCCCAGCCACAGAGAACAAACCACAACACCAAACUGAGAAAGGAGCUGCCAUCUUGGUUACCCAGAAUUCCCUGGCCCCAAGGCACCUUCUAAGAAUGAACACUAACUCUGCUAUCCGUUGACCUGAAACCAUCCUUGCCACGCAGGAAAAACGACAGCAGGAUUCUCAACUGUCAUUGGUUGGCGUAACUUCUUAUCUUAUCACAGGCAUAUUCAUCUCACACUAUGUUUCUGCCUUCACUGGAGAAUGGACACAUGCACUCACCCUAAUGAUCGGGAGAAAUUAUCUUUUCUUUUUUUUGUCAACUUCCUGACCACAAGGGGGCGAUAUGAAAUAACCCCCUCAGGAUAUACUGUAGAAGAUGUGGGCAUUCAUUUCUUGCUAAUGUGAAUUAACAACCUGACAAUGUUUUGUUUUGUAGCAAUUAUACAAACAAAAUGCAACUCUUUCAAUAUGGAGAACAUUUUAUUUUGAUAGCCUACUCCAGGUGAAGAGAACUGUAGCUUGUGCAGAAUCUGUUUCCUGAGAUUGUAAUACCCAGAGGGGUAUACUAAGAAGCUGGUUCAGGAGUAAACCCCUUUACAGUAAGUUAAGACGUUAAUCAUCUAACAGAAGAGCCCGGAGUCCUAAUUUUUCUAUGAAAAUGCGAACUCCAGGCUCUUGUAUUAGAUGAUUUACCUCAACUUAUCCUGGUUUACUCCUGAACCAGCUUCUUAGUAAAGGCCCCGGGUGAAAUAGCUUUGGAAAAGACAAAGUGUGCGUAAUUUGGCCUCUGGCACCCAAACGUGUCCAUUUGUUUUCUUUUUUUUCUUCAAAGUCAGUUACUCAAAGAAAGGUACGACCGUAAAUCCUGUUUCACAACCUAGGAUUUGUUUUUCCAUCCCUGUCUAUGUAAUUGUGCAACAGUGGACUGGGAGUCUUAUUUUCUGAAAAGGAUCACUACAGCACUGUUAGGGUUGCCAACUCUCUGGUGGGAAAAUAAGGGAUACCUCAUUUGAGCCGGUAGUCUGAACUUUUCGUGAUGCAUUUUCCUGCAUUUUAACCAAAUUCUGUCCUGUUUCAGCUCAAUAUGGAACCGUACUUUUGUUUCAAAAUGCGAGCCGAUUCCGUAUUUGAAGGGAUGGUUGGCAACCCUAAGCACUGAAGCAAAGCCAACUUCAGUGGCAUCAGCCCUGCUAAAAAAUGUGUUUGUCGAGAGGUCAUCCAUCCAUCCAACACUGUGGUACACCCAUGCCCCAACUCUUUCCCAACCUCUGUAGUUAAACUAUUUAAUGUGGUCUUUUUUCUUUUAAGGCAUGAGAAACUGUGGUUGUAAAACAGUGGUCCUAAUUUUUUUAUGAUUUUUUUUAUGCAAAACCCUCUGACGCCACUGACCAACACGUCCUGGCCUAGUGCAUUGUGGGAGUUUUUUUUCAUUCAUAUAUAUAAUGAGGUAGCAGAGCUUUUUCAAGAGCAACUGGACAGCUAGCCCAGCUUUUGUCUUUUGUGGACGUUCAGUUUGUUUGACUGACCUAGAGGUCAGGUGUCAGAUUGAUGACGCUCAAAGAUGAAAUAUGGGCAAAGAAACAAAAAAAAUGUAAAACCCAAAAUGGGAAAAAACUAAGAACCAAGGACAGAGUUUUGUGGGAAAGAAAAAAAUAUGAACCGAAGCCAAACAAGUUCUUGUGGAUUAUGUGUCUUGAGAAUGAGAUAGUCCUGACGGAAGACUUGUUGUGAUUGCCUUUUAUUUUCGUGGUACGUUUUGAUGUAUGCGGUACUGUCGCACAGUGUUGCGAAGGCCCUUGUAUGGUCCUGAUGUUGGGGUUUGCACCUUUUGCAUAUCACCAUGGCAAUGCUGGUGGGACUGAUUAAAGUCUAUGGGUGACUAUGAUGAUGAUGACGAUGUGUGAUGCGAACAUUAAAUGCUAUCGGGAUUGUAAAAAAGCCUCAAGCGAUCUGUAUUUUGAUACUUGAAUGAUUCUGAUUUUAUAGAUAUCUAUAUAUAUAUGUAUAUGUAUGUAUGUACUUUAUGUACAGUCUGUAAUUUUUUUUCCUUUUCGUUCUUUUUUUUUUUGUCAUGAGCCGAGGGAUGGACAAAAUCUUUUUAAAAUGCGCAACAUAUCAUAAUAGCUAAUUAUUAACAUCCCACUGAGAGUAGCUUAUAUGCUCUGGUGGGUCUCACUACAGGAACUGAGAAGAAAGAGAGAUAGAGAAAAAAAGAAAAAAUGUAAAUAAUCUUGGGCUUCCAGUCUUUUUUAUGAUUAUUAUUUUUCAUAAUUGUACGACUAAUAAAUGAAGAAAUAC